AUGGCAUUUUUUCAAUUAGUUUUGAAAGCUAGAAAACUUGAAAAAGCUCGGUUGAGGUACGAAGAUGAGAAAUUGAGAUCGAUUGAGAUCUCCGAGGGUGUCAAGCCACGUCUGACUCUGAAGCAGCGUCUCCGACGAAAAAGAUUAAAAUGCAGAAAAAGAUUUAAGCAUUUUUGGAAUCGUAUAAUUUCCCCCAUAAAGCGUACGUGGUUUUACAAAAAACUGAGACUUCUUCGCAUGGAUGGUUCACUUGAGAAUUACAUUCUGAAAAGCAUGUUCGGCUUCGUCGGUGGCAUAUUUCUCACAUACAUAUUCUUUGCGUUCUUCGUGAUUCAAUUGAGUUUUACCCUCCCUUCGGCUACAAUCCUAUGUUCGGUCCUUGGAAUAAUUCUCACGCUCGGUUUGGCGUUUUCUUAUCGUAUAAGGUGUGUUAUAUUUCUAUUGUUGCCGCAGUUCUUUUCUAAACGUGGCAGACAGGCCUUGAUGGCGUAUGCCUUUAUUCUAACACUUACCGGACCGGCAAAAAAUGUCUUGCACAAUAUCAGUGUCCUUUCGGAGUCCUUAGCCUGCGGACAGGAGCAAUUAAAGCAAGCUGUGAAAACCGUAGUUGACUUAAUAAAAGAACCCUUUUACGCUCUGAGAGACGCGAUAUCGAAAGUAAUAAAGGAGGUGAAGGUGGUCGUGAAGAAGAUUAAGCGUACUCUCUUGGCUAUCAAGCGACUCGUGCUUAGUAUCCGUGAGUCAACGUUCUUCCCUUGGGUUUCUCUCGCAUCAUCUAUCUUCGUAACUUCAAAAACGUAUCUUUCAGUGAGAGUGAUCACGUCGGUUUUUCAAUGGCUCGGCAGCAUCGUGAAUAUCUGCAAUAAGAAGCUGGGCACGCCGUUCGACAGGUGUCAGAGUGUCUUCGAUGGAGCGGUAGCUGACUGCAAGGCAAAACUUGGACCUCUUUUCGAUGGGAUUUGCAAUCUGACGUAUAUCGUGGGAGCCUUGUGUUAUGUAGUAAAACCCCUAGAUUUCAUCUGUAUGCUCGUAUCUUAUGUCGCCGACACUAUAGUUAACGCCGUACGGAAGAAAAUAAAAAAAUUCACUCGUCACGUAAAAGCGAUGUUCUACGUUAAAGUGAAAUUUUCGCAUUCAUUCCAUUUUGAAACGAACCAAAGUAAAACCGUCGAAGACGUAUCGAAAAAUAUAAUUACUGAAGUACAGUCGAGGACUGAUAAAUUUCUAGCCGUUUUCGAUUGGAUGAGCUUUAUGACUGCUUUCUUCAUUUUCUUCAUGCUUUUAAGGAUCUUGCAUUAUCGACACAAAUGGCUGACGAGUGAACGCUUUGAUAAUCAAUAUUUGACUGAUGAUCUGCGCACUAUUGAUCUGAUAAGAACACGUCAGGAUAAGGAAACUGUUCUGCCGUUGAACCGUCGCGAAAGAAAUCAAUACAUCCCACUGACGUCCGUCACGUUGAUUAAGGUAGAAAAAGUAAAGCUCGCGAAAUCCAUCGUUUUUCUGAGCUUAACAACAUUCAAAAUUUGUAUCCAUAUGAUGGCGGACUACAGCCUUUAUUGGAUGCUUAGCACUAUUAGAUACCACGGACGGAUUGAAACAAAGGUCCAACGACCCAAUUUCGUGAGCGUCUAUGUGUCUGGUAACGGCUAUCUCGCCGACCUUUAUCGAAGCAUCGUGAAAGCCUUCACGCCGCAUGCGAAGGAUGCGGAGAUCGAUCUGACGCCCUGCCUCCCGGAUCCCAUCCCGCCGGAUCUAGAUCGGUACACGCAGAUUGCGACGUUGAUCGCCUUCUGCUGGAUCAUGGCGAUAUUCGAGCCGUACGGCUUGCGACUGCGGCAUAUCGUCAUGUGCAAGUAUCACCCGGAAAGAGCCAAGCAAAGAGCCGCUUGGUUGUACAAUCAUAUAAUUAGAUCGAGAGGAAGUUUUCUGAAAUUCGCACGGCGCCAGUUGCGCCGCAAGUUCGGCAUGACCGAGGGCGAGAGAAUCGAGAGAGUCACGUUCGUAGAGCGAUGCCUGGCGAUCUGCCCUUUCCUGAACAAAUUGUUCCCCCGAAAGCGGAACGUGUGUCUCCUGUGCGGCGCCGUGGAACGUUCCGAUCAGGAACCGCACAUUAAAUGCACCACGCCAGGCUGCGUCGGUUUAUUCUGCAUCCGAUGCUUCGCGGACUUGCAGAAUCUCUGCACGAUCUGCCGAUCGCCGAUCGAGUACGGCGAUUUGUCGGAUAUUAGCGAGGAGAAAGAUUCAUCGGAUGAUCAAUUGAUCGCAAUAAAAGAACCUGUACCAAUAAGUACCUACAUUGAUAAAAAAGAAGAAUUAAUUGUGGAAGAAAAACCAAAAGAAGAAGUGGAGAUAAGAGAAGAAAUAGACGAAAAAGAAAUAUUCGAAAAAAUUAUGCCGGAAGAAGAAAUACUAGAAGAAAAAGUAUUAGAAAGAAGAUUAUCCGAAGAAAGAGAAGAGGAACGAUUUGAGAGAAUAAUUGUAGAAAAAAAGGAUAAAGCAAUUCAAACGGAUGAUGAUAUCGGUGAAAGUAGUUCAGACUCGAUUUGUACGUGCAUCAAUUGUCUGCGUUAUGCAUUAUAUUUCUACUAUCAAUGUACGCUUUUAAAAGUGCGCAAUUUACUAGCUUAUCACGAAGGGUCACGAGAGAUUGAGAUCAACCAUCGAAGAGUGCCGUUUAAAGACAUCGAAGCGCAGAAAAUAAGAGAAGACGUUACGAUUCAAAUUUUUAACGAGCCAUUGGCGAAGGAUAUUACUUCGAGCAGCGAAGAUCCGGCGUCCUGUUUCGUGAUGAGAGCUCGUAGAAGGCUUCGUACCAGGUUGAAAAGGAAAUCCUGCUCUUUCCCGCGCAAGGACGAUUCCAGCUCGUCGACGUCGAUAGCGGACACCGAGUCCUGCCCUACGGAGGAACUAGAUGAGGAGGAGGUAAUUCACAUUGAAAUGGACGACGGUUCAAAGGAAUUACUCUUAAAGGACGGCGGUACUGCCAAAGCAAGGAAACGAGGUAGUCGCGUAGGAAGAAUUCUCGCUGCACUCACGAAAAUUUCUUGGCUCGGCAAGAAAACGACGACCGCCAGCGACGGCGAACGGCGAACGAGGAAACCUACUCUGUUGGAUAGAAUAGCACGGAUGCUUCCCGGAAAUCAAUCUACCUCGCCCGUACGGAUGUAUCGACGAAUUCGCACUACGAAAAAAGACGUGGAGCGCAAAGACUCUUCUUCCUCCGCUUUUUCGUCUUCCACCGACGAAGUGAACGAACAAUGCGCGCUUUUAAAGGCGCACGAUCGGCAAGUAGAUUAUUUACAAAUUACUUCAGAUCAUGGCGAUUCCGGGGAUAAUAUUUACAGCAGAAAUUAUGAUUCGCAUCGUGCACGACGCGGGACAGUCUGUCGCCAACCAGAUUUUCACGUGAGAGCUGAUGGUGCAAGAUUGAAAUAUCCUCACGAGAAGAAAUUCACAAUGAGAGAACUGCCAAGAUAUCUUCAACCGAUUUCGAAGGAUACGGCGUACUUCGAAAUGGACGAGAUUAAAUAUUCGCAAUCCAAGCGGAAAUGUGUUCGUCCGACAGACCGCGUUAAUAUUUUAUCAGAUACUAGAACAUCCGACGUCGACAAUCAGAAGACAGACAAGUGGAACAUUACUAGUGAUGAUUACAUUCAAAUUCCUUACUCGUGCACAUCGCAAAUAUCCUGCAAUGUUAAAGAUAGCAGAUGUCAGUCGGACGUGAGUACUAUUACAGAACGAAAUAAUAAAGUAUAUAAAACGAAUAGAAUGUCAGAAACAGAUAAGGAAUUGCUGACUACUGAUUGGGAAGGAUCAGAUCAAACAGAAACAAAGGUAAAAGAAAUUGUUACUACUGAAGAAACGUCAACAGUCAGUGGAACAGACCAACAAAGUGCACCGGAAAAUGUUCUAAUCGAAGAUGAUCGAAUGAGAUCAUUAUCGAAAAACAACAGAGUAAUUGCAGAGACAAAUAUCGCAGGAGAAAAAGAUGUAAGAAAAUACUUUGCCAAAAAGAAGCAAGUUAAAGAAUUAACAAGAGAAAAAGAAACUGGGGAAAAAGUGAGAGCGUCAACUUCGAUAGCCAAUGAUAAAGCUCGAAACGAUUCGCUAGCUAGUUUGGAGUUGCACAGCGUCACGUGCCAAGUAAAAAGACGUGAAAAACCUACCGUGGAAAAAUUAACGUGGCAAUUGGGAACGGCGGAAACACGUAUUGGCGAUAAAAAAUCAGCAGAAUUUGAAGGAAAUAUUGAAAUGAAACAAAAAAGUGCACAGGUGUCAGCGCAUGAAAUUAAAGAAUUUGCAACAGCAAAGAGUAUUCAAACAAAUUUGCGUAAAUCUGAAAAAUGCAAAAAGUAUGAUAAGAUUUUACAUAUUGACACAAAGAUACAUAAAACAAUUGAUUUUAAAAAAGAAGAAAGAAGACAGAAAAAAAGGAUCGAUAAACAAAGGUAAAAAGAUCAAAUAUUUAUACAAAAUUCAACUAUAAUCAGUAACUUUUCAGAUAAAAUUUUGACAUUGUUAUAUCAUUUUUAAUGCUAAGUCAAUUGACAAUUGAAUAACGUAAAAAUAAACUCCAAAAAAUGGAAUGCCUUUUCUUAAAAAAUUAAUUU